GAGUUAGUUUGAAAUUAAAAAUAUAUAUAUAUAUUAUAAUUCAUAACAACCAAUACAUUUGAUAUAACCAAAAAUGGAGAUACGUAAGCGCAGGGUGAGUAUGGCACUCUCACUCCUUGUAUUAUUUCUCCUUUCCUUGAGCAAAGUAGUGGCCGAUACGGACAAAUCGUUGGCCGAACGAAGUCGUCAAGAGCAAAUUACGCUUUGGGAAUACCAAUUGCAUUAUUUACGUCAAAAUAAGCUAAACGAUGCCCUUGUCAAGUUCCAUCAUGCGAAUGCGAGACUCGAAGCCGCGAAAAAAAACAAGGCUUCUUUUAUACCUCAAAAGAGCUCCGCGCGACUAUUCGCUCGCUCGACGAGGAUCUCUCGCGGAGCAUGA